GAUGGAGAUAUAAUGAACUGAGAUGGGGAAGACUGAACAAGAAGCAGGUUUUUAGGGAAAGACUAAAAUUCAGUUUUGUAACAUGUUAAGUUUGCCAUGCCUAAGAGCUCUGCAAGAUUUUUCUGGUAGGCAGUUGAAUGUAAGGGUUUUGAACUCAGAAGCCUGGGAGGGCCUCAUGGUAUGAAUUUGACAUGGGGUUUUUACCUAUAAGAAUAUCACUUGGUAAUAUUUGUUUAUUUAUUUUUAAUUUGGCUACACCGAGUCUUAGUUGCAGCACGUGGGAUUGUCCAUCUUCGUUCAGGCAUGCGAACUCUUAGUUGUGGCAUGUGGGAUCUGGUUCCCUGACCAGGGAUCAAACUCUGGGCCCUCUGCAUUGGGGGUGUGGAGUCUUAGCCACUGGACCACCAGGAAGUCCCUCAGCUGUUCACAUUUAAAGCCAUAGAAAUGGGGGGGAAGUCAUAGAAAUGGAUAAGGAUGAGGGGAGGGCAAUCCCCUGAAGCAUGCCCACACUUAAGGGCCAGACGGAGGAGACAAGCAGCCAGAGAGCUGGAAGGAGGAGCGUGAGGGGCCGUGCCGUGGGAGGAGUAACCAUCAAACUCCACUCGGGGGACAGGGAAGAUGAAGAUGGCAAACAAAUGGUCUGUUCUCUUUGACAACCUGAACGCAUUUGAUCUCUUUUUACUCAGAAAUCAAGCUCCAGAAGUAGUGUUCCCUUCCCUCACAGUAGUUUCCACAUGUCCCUUUCCAAGCACACAGCCUUUUAAGUACUUCAAGUGUUAAAUCUCAGUGACAUUUCCAUUUUUGUUUUUUUUUGCUUAUCUGUUUUCUUAUCUCUACAGCAAUAAGUAUUAUGUAGUAAUAAUAGAAAAAAAAAUCCAUUGUAUUAGAUGAUAACAUCUGCCUGUUCCUGAGCAUCCGUGUGGCCAGCAGAACAGCAUCCCUGUAAGUGCUGUUUCUCCCUCCUGGCCUCAGAUGGGGACCCAGUGGCAAGAAUGAUACAACCUUUGCAGCACCUCUUGGCUUCAUUCUGGGCUACAGAGCUGGGAGCUUUGUGUGAGGCUCGUACUCCAUUGUAAGAAUCCAGGGGCAGAAAGAAAAGAGGGCUCUUUACCAUAUCCACCUGGAGGCUGCCUGCUAAGUGCCCUGUUUAGUUAGACAUGCCUUUUAUCCUAGGUUUCUGAACCGGCUAAAAUUGUGGUCUCUGCUCCCAACAAGGACUGGGGGAAGAAGGCAUGGAAUUAAUUAAACCUGGAGGAAGAGACAUUGAGGGGUGGAGCUAAGGGGGGAAGAGAGGAGAACCCUUUAAAUAAAGGGCGCACAGAGGCUACCCAGGAGCGCAUCCUCUACCGUGUCCUCUGCAAGAAGGAGCCAGCCCUGAGCGUGAGGGAUAUGAUGGAGCCUGAAGAGUACAGAGAGAGAGGAAAGGAGAUGGUGGACUACAUCUGCCAGUACCUGACCACCGUGCGGGAGCGGCGGGUGACUCCAGACGUGAGGCCUGGCUACCUGCGAGCCCAGCUGCCUGAGAGUGCGCCCGUGGAGCCCGACAGCUGGGACAGCAUCUUCGGGGACAUUGAGCGAAUCAUCAUGCCUGGGGUGGUACACUGGCAAAGCCCCCAUAUGCAUGCCUACUACCCAGCUCUCACCUCUUGGCCAUCACUGCUGGGAGACAUGCUGGCUGAUGCCAUCAACUGCUUGGGAUUCACCUGGGCUUCCAGUCCUGCGUGCACGGAGCUGGAGAUGAACGUCAUGGACUGGCUGGCAAAAAUGCUGGGACUCCCAGAGCACUUCCUGCACCACCACCCCGGCAGCCAGGGGGGAGGCGUCUUGCAGAGCACAGUCAGCGAGUCCACCUUGAUCGCCUUGCUGGCAGCAAGAAAGAACAAAAUCCUGGAAAUGAAAGCCUCUGAGCCUGAGGCGGACGAGUCCUUCCUGAAUGCCCGGCUUGUGGCCUAUGCCUCUGACCAGGCCCACUCCUCGGUGGAAAAGGCUGGUCUGAUUUCCCUGGUCAAGAUGAAAUUUCUGCCUGUGGAUGAGAACUUCUCGCUCCGAGGGGAAGCUCUUCAGAAAGCCAUCAAGGAGGACAGGGAACGGGGCCUGGUGCCUGUUUUUGUCUGUGCAACGCUGGGGACCACCGGGGUCUGUGCAUUUGACUGCCUGUCAGAGCUGGGCCCCAUCUGUGCCCAUGAGGGGCUGUGGCUCCACAUUGACGCCGCCUACGCAGGCACUGCUUUCCUGUGCCCCGAGUUCCGGGGCUUUCUGAAGGGCAUCGAGUAUGCCGAUUCCUUCACCUUUAACCCUUCCAAGUGGAUGAUGGUGCACUUUGACUGUACCGGCUUCUGGGUCAAGGACAAGUACAAGCUGCAACAGACCUUCAGCGUAGACCCCGUCUACCUCAGGCACGCUGACUCGGGCGUGGCCACUGACUUCAUGCACUGGCAGAUCCCCUUGAGCCGGCGCUUUCGCUCUAUUAAACUCUGGUUCGUGAUUCGGUCCUUUGGGGUGAAGAAUCUUCAAGCGCAUGUCAGACAUGGCACGGAAAUGGCUAAGUAUUUUGAAUCUCUGGUCAGAAAUGACCCUUUCUUUGAAAUUCCUGCCAAGAGGCACCUUGGCCUGGUGGUUUUUCGUCUGAAGGGUCCUAACUGCCUCACAGAAAGCGUGUUAAAGGAAAUAGCUAAAGCCGGCCGUCUCUUCCUCAUUCCAGCCACUAUCCAGGACAAAUUGAUCAUCCGUUUCACUGUGACAUCCCAGUUCACCACCAGGGAUGACAUCCUGAGAGACUGGAAUCUCAUUCAGGAUGCUGCCACUCUCAUCCUGAGUCAGCAUUGUACUUCCCAACCCAGCCCUCAGGGGGCGAACCUCAUCCUCCAAACCAGGGGCCCCAAAGCCUUGGCCAAGGAGAUGUCCUUUCCCCCUGUCAACGGGGCAGGCGAUGACCCAGCCCAUUUCAGCAAGAUCGUCAAGCAGCCUCCGCGUGUGGGAGCCAGUCCUGUAAGCCGCCAUCUUGAAACCCUGCUGCACCCACCGGAUGACUGCUUCUCUGAAGAGGCUCCAGACGUCACCGAGCACAAGCUGUCCUCCUUUCUGUUCAGUUAUUUGUCUGUGCAGAACAAGAAGAAGGCAGUACGUUCCCUCAGUUGCAAUAGCGUGCCUGUGAGUGCUCAAAAGCAACUGACCACAGAAGGCUCUGUGAAGAAUGGCGGCUCCUCCCGGGUCAGAAUCUUUUCUAGGUUCCCGGAAGAGAUGAUGAUGCUGAAGAAGAGUGCCUUCAAAAAACUAAUCAAAUUCUACAGUGUCCCCAACUUUCCUGAAUGCAGCUCUCAGUGUGGGCUACAGCUGCCCUGCUGCCCUCUGCAGGCAAUGGUUUAGACCAGGGGGUUCCGCCUGGGUCCAUAAAUGUGUUUCAAGGAGUCUAACCUCUUAAACUUGAUUCUGAAUUUAUGUGCUUAUAUGUAUGUGCAUUUUUCUUGGGAAAAAGCCAGUGAUUUCUCAUGAACCUCAUAGAGGUUCAUGACCUAUGAUAGGAUUCAAAUAGAGAAUUUAAGCCAGCAUGGUCCAGAAGACUCCAGCAGGCUGGUCAGAGAGAAAGGGUCUAGGGUGGGGCAUUGAUGGGCAGCUUCUGUGGUUUAGCUUCUGACACUGAGACUUUGAAGUCUCAUGAAACAUAAUGUGGAAAUAAAUUGUGCUUGUCUCUGAAAAAAAUUAUUCUGUGUCACUCAAUUGACCACUGAAAUACUUGUUUUUCUUUUUCCAUUAUGGUUUAUUACAGGGUUUUGAAUAUAGUUCCCUGUGCUAUGAAGUAGGACAGGGAAGGAUUUUUUUAUUUAUCCAUUCUGGAUAUAAUAGUUUGUAUCUGCUAAUUCCAGAUUCUUAAUCCAUCCUCCCACCCCUACUCCCAUCUUGACAACCACAAGUCUGUUCUCUAUGUCUGUGAAUCUGUUUUUGUUGUGUAGAUAAAUUCAUUUGUGCCAUA